AUGGAUCCAAUAAAGUACAUAUUUGAAAAGCGUGUUCUUGCUGGUAGAAUUGCCCGGUGGCAAAUGUUGCUAACCGAGUAUGAUAUACAGUAUGUGACCCAGAAAGCAAUUAAAUUGAGUAUUUUGUCUGACUAUCUAGCUCACCAGCCUGUUGAAGGCUACCAAUCAUUAAAGUUUGACUUUCCAGAUGAAUACAUCAUGUUUAUCAGAGAUUUUACUAUGCCAGGCUUCGAGGUAAGCCCUGAGGAAGGCCCCGAACCAGGAUCGCGAUGGACGCUCGUGUUCGGCGGUGCUUCCAAUGCCCGAGGUCUUGGUAUAGGUGUUGUUAUCACUUCUCCAACUAGUUUCGACAUCCCCUUCACCGCUAGAUUAUGUUUUGACUGCACCAACAAUAUUGCAGAAUAUGAAGCAUGUAUCUACGAUUUAGAGGCGGCAACCGACGUGAGAAUCAAAAUCCUUGAGGUAUUCGGUGAUUCAGCUCUAGUAAUCAGUCAAGUGAAAGGCGACUGGGAGACUCGAGAUAGCAAGUUGAUACCCUACAAAGAGCAUAUCAGAAAACUGAUCCCUUAUUUUGAUGAGAUCUCCUUUCAUAAUAUUUCUAGGGAAGAAAAUCAGUUAGCAGACGCUCUAGCUAUGCUGGCAUCUAUGUUCAAAGUCAAGUGGAAGAAUGAGGCAUCAUCCAUCCAGAUUGACCACUUAGAUGAACCAGCACAUUGUCUAGCAAUUGAGGCGAAUCCUGACGAUAAGCCUUGGUUCUAUGAGAUAAAGACAUUUCUGGAGAAACGACAGUAUCCUGAGGGUGUCAUCCUUGAAAAGAAAUUAACGGUUUCAGUUUCGGCUUUACGUCGUCACACCGCCUAA